CAGCACUGAGGACACUAUGGGGGUUCAACACUACUGGAUGCUGCUGCUGUGGGUCGACUGCCACGAGUGGAUCACAGGUGCUGUGAGCAGCAUCAGUCCAUAUAUUAAGUAUUAUGAAGGCCUCUCGUACGACAGGGAGGAUCUUCACAGGAAGCACUUGAGAGCAAAGAGAGCUGCACAAUCCCAGGAUUACACUCUGCAUUUGGACUUCACUGCAUUUCACAGAACUUUCCGCCUGCUUCUGAGACAAAAUACAGCAGAAUUCUCUGAAAAAUUCAGGGUGGUCAGUGAAAAUGGUUCCGUAUCGGCUGACCUCUCCCACAUAUACUCAGGAACUCUGCAGGGUGAACACGGUUCAUCCUGCCACGGCUCGGUGUUACAGGGUCAGUUUGAGGGAACCAUCCACACUGAGAAUGGGACGUUCCACGUAGAGCCGGCCUUCAGAUACACCAGCAGGCCGACAGAUCAUCACUCUAUAAUCUACCAUGAGGACGACAUGGUCCUGCCCAACAUGACGUCUGGCCCUGACGGGUUCUGCGGUGCAGAACAUCUGAACGUCCUCACCCAAAACCUCAGACUAAAUCAGGAGGCACCAGUGAGCCGCUCGAGGAGAACUUUGGAUGAGUCAAAGACCAGCUGCCUGCUGCACCUCCACGCUGACCACCUCUACUACAAGAGGUUCAAGUCUGUGGAAGCGGUUGUGGCUCAGGUUGCCGCCUACAUUCGGGCUGUGAACGACAUCUUCAACAAGGUGGACUUCGACGGAGUCAAGUUGAUCAACUUCAAAGUCAAAUCCCUCAGAGUGAUGACGGAGGAGGACCAGAACGAUCCUCUGAAUCCUCUGUUCAUCGGCCCGGAGAAGCUGCUCAGUCUGUUCUCGGAGAACAACUGGGGGAACUUCUGCCUGUCCUACCUGCUGACCAACCGGGACUACAGCGGCGUGCUGGGCCUCGCCUGGGAGGGCAAAGCCGGUAACUGGGGAGGAAUCUGCUCACAGCUCUCGGCGUUCCGUAACAGCCAGAAGUCCACCCUGAACACGGGUCUGGUCACAGUUCAGAACUAUGGACAGUUUCUGCCUCCUCGACACGUCCAGCUGACCUUCGCACAUGAGCUGGGCCACAGUCUGGGAUCUCCGCAUGACGAAGGCGCCAACUGCGGGAACCUCGGCUCCAGCGGCGGCAAAGGCAGGUACCUGAUGUUUCCUCACGCCACCGAUGAGGUGCGCGAAAACAACGAUAAAUUCUCGCCGUGCAGCAUCAAACACAUCAGCGAGAUCCUGAAGCUGAAGAAGGACGACUGCUUCGUGGUCAGCGAUCAGCCCAUCUGUGGAAACCAGAUUGUGGAGGAAGGUGAGGAGUGCGAUGUCGGUCACAGCGACAAAGACCCCUGCUGCUACAGCGCUAAAGAGCCUGUAGGAGUCCAGUGUCGCCUCAAGCCUGCUAAAGCCUGCAGUCCGAGUCAGGGCCUGUGCUGUGGUCAGGGCUGUGAGUUUAAGCCGGCCGGUCAGAUGUGUGACGAGGAGACGGACUGUCUGAAAGAAAGCGUGUGUUCAGGCCUCUCCCCGUUCUGCCCCGAGCCAAGCGCCAAGGAAAACCUCACCGUCUGCAGUCAGGGCACGCGUGUCUGCCUGAACGGGGUCUGUUCUGAGUCUGUGUGUCUGAAGCAUCACCUGCAGCAGUGCGACUGUCCAGGAGACUCCCUGAAGGAGAAAUGCCACAUGUGCUGCCAGCAGCCCGAUAAGCCUGAAACGUGUGCCAGCACCACCUCCUCCGUUCUGUCUCGUCACUUCUCCAGGAAAGCGUUGCCUCUGGUGGGCGGGGCUCCGUGCUACGGUAACCGUGGAUACUGUGACAAAUUCCACGUGUGUCGAAUCCUGGACGCCGACGGACCCAUCGCCAGGCUCAAGAACUCCUUUCUCAAUCUGGCCGACUUCGACGACGUGGCAGAGUGGAUGAAGGCCUAUUGGUGGGCGAUCCUGCUCGCCAUCCUGACCUUCUCCGGCGUGAUGGGCUGCACCGUCUGCCUCUGCGGCCGAACUCUAGACACCCGUGACCUCUGAGAAUCCACCACGAUGACGCACACAUUCCUGCUAUGUGGGAUUUUGUGAGUGUCAAGGCCACAUGGAGGAGAUUCUGCCAACUUUGUUCCACAUUUCAAACAGUUUGCAGGCGACCUGAGAAGACACUGAACACCUGCCCAGAGCUCCUCGCCAUGUUUUGCCAGCUGACACCGCUCUACGUCAUUGUGCAUCGUUACUUCUCCUCGUGCGCCGGCUACACUUCAUCGAGCGAUAAGAGUGUCCUGUGAUGUGUGUGUUGUGGAAAACGCUGCUGACCAACUGUGGUGGAUCAGAUCCAACGUCCGAGUGAAGCAGGACACCGACAGCAAUUUAAAACCUUGUGUCGCUGGAAUGAAGUGAGCGCUAAUUUCAGCCUCGAGGACCAUCCAGCUUUCCAUCUCAGUGAGACGAGUGCAAAUUAGGGAUCAGCUGGACCUGACCGGUGCAGACAGGGCUGUCGUUUGCAUGUUUACGAAGGGAGAAGUUAAUAAUAUGGCAUUAAAUGUGUUUGUAAAAACUGUUCAGGUGCAGGUACUGAAUGUAAAUACAAUCUGGAGGCACUUUCUUCCUUUUUAAUCUGUAUUCUGCAUCUUUUUUUAUGACACACCAGAGGAGAUACUGUACUUUUUACAAUAUUUUGCAAGUUGUAAGCCAGUUUACAGAUCAAAAUGAGCAUAAAAACAGAUGAUAAACCUAUAAAACACAAUGCACUGUAAAGGUUUCCUACUUUAUGAUUUUUAUUAAAUACUUCUAAGUACAAAAUGUGGUGAAUCUGAUGCUGGGAAAAGUUUAAACGUGCUUGAAAUCUCCAAAAAUAACAGUUUUAUUACAUGUACUGAAUGUAAAUACAAUCUGGAGGCACUUUCUUA